GAAAGGCUGCACUUUAUUUCAGAGGUUUAUGUAGGGUGGGCAGUCGUGUGGUAACCACCUCUCUCAUUUCUUAUUAGCCACGAGUGAGCCUUAAAAAGUGGUAGCAUUGUGCAGUUCGUUGUUGUUAAGUGAAAUAAUGCAUAAAUUAAAUGCGAUAUGGAGUCUGUGUUGGGCGCUCUUUGUGAUAGCGUCUGCACUUGCGUAUCCAAGACCGAACUCAAAUGUUGUUUUCAUUAUGGUUGAUGACAUGGGUUGGAACGAUGUAUCUUUUCAUGGCUCCGAUCAGAUACUGACACCUAACAUUGACACGUUGGCCUAUCAAGGAGUGAUACUACAACAGUACUACAGUGAAGCUAUAUGCACACCAGCGCGCACUGCUUUAUUAACUGGAAAGUACCCGAUGAGAUUAGGUAUGCACGGGAGCCCACUUUUUAAUUCAGAAGAUAGAGGUAUUCCUUUGACGGAACGUCUCCUACCUUCAUAUUUGAAAGAACUCGGAUACUCCACCCAUUUGGUGGGCAAAUGGCACGUUGGGAUGUCCAGAGAAGAAUUCUUGCCUACAUCUCGAGGGUAUGAAUCACAUUACGGCAUGAGAGGUGGAUUUAUUGAUUAUUAUACAUACACCAAUAUUGAAAUGUGGCCCAGUGGUCGUCAAAUGCUGGGUCUGGAUUUGUUUGAUAAUGGAAUACCCCAAAAUCACGAAGAACGUUACAUCGUUGACGCCCUUACUGAUCGUGCUGUAAAAAUAAUACAUCAACACAACACUUCACGGCCACUUUUCCUGCACAUUACCCACAACGCCCCCCACGCUGGGAACGCCGGAGGUGCAUUGCAACCUCCUUUAUUCAAAACAGUUCAAAGCAAGCACAUCGCGAAUUCAAACAGGAGGCUUUAUGCAGAAAUCGUGACGCACGUAGACCAGAGCAUCGGUCGAAUAGUAGUAGCUUUAGCAGAAAAAGGUAUACUAGAUGACACCAUAAUAGUCUUCGCCUCAGACAACGGAUCCCCUACAGUCGGCAGACUCCAGAACUGGGGUUCUAAUUUACCUUUCAGAGGAACGAAAUGGUCACCAUGGGAAGGGGGCGUAAGAGUUCCAGCGUUCCUAUGGCAUUCGUCUUUAAGUCCCAGGGUUUGGAACGGUCUCAUGCACAUAACAGACUGGCUUCCAACAUUGGUAGCAGCAGCCGGAGGGAAAGUUACCAAAAGUAUAGAUGGAGUAAAUCAAUGGGAUGCUAUUCUGCAAGACGGUGAAUCUAAACGCAAAGAAGUGUUAAUAGCUUUGGAAGAUAGUAACGCAAAUAUGUACGCGGCGUACAGAGCUGGCGAUUACAAAGUCAUCGUCGGCAAUGUAACCGGAUUGAAUAAUAAUGUUUAUGGAACAGAGCUAUUGAUUAAUAAGUUUGCCCCUCCACCUUAUUUUUCCACUUUGAAAUCUUGCGAAGUUGCGCAAAUGUUUGAGUAUACAGGACGGUAUUUAGAUUUUGAUGUGGUGCAAAACAUGAGGCAAGCGGCUACUGUUAAACAAAUAGACGAAAUAAAGGACGCGACUCUCUGUAUUCCCUCGUUAACUCGCGGGUGUCUUUUCAAUCUGCGUAAAGAUCCAUCGGAGAGUCACGAUUUAUGGCAAGAGGCAAACAAAAUAGCAAUGCUACUGACUAGCAGGCUGCGAGGGCUUUGGGCUAUGCAACUUCGGCGAGGUCCCACUAAUCUUAGAAAUGAAUCUGACCCAGCAAAAUUUGGCUAUACGUGGACUCCUUAUGUCAAAAACAAAGAUAUCACGAAAGUACCUGUCCAAAAAAUUAGCAAUUUGAAUUUAUCUAUAGACAUAAGCGGGAACAGGACUUCGACCAAAGACACGACCAAAGCUUCAGCUGUCAACUGCGAUGGUAUCACUGGCAUCAGGAAUUUUUUGUGUUUACUACAAAGUGUGUUUUGAUUAGGACCUAUCUAGUGAUCUUUACAGUCUUUUGUAAAUUUAUGUUUAGUUUUGAUUUCAAUUUUUGUGAUAUUUUAAGUAGGUAUAGUUGUAUUUGGUAAGUUAAAAUUUAAGCAUUGUUUGCUAUAAUAUAUAAUAUUCAAAAAUGA